GGGGCUGGGGGCGGGGGAGCGGUCAGGGCGUGCCGAGCCCUUCCUCUCCGGUCUAUAAGCGGGAGGCGGCGGAGCGGGCGUGGGUCCCGCGGGCGGCGAUGGCGCUGCGCUGCCUCCUGCUGCUGCUCUGCGGAGCCGCGCUGGGACCCGCCGUGCAUCUCGACUUCGCCGAGCACCGCAGCCAGGCCGCCAAGAUCAAGGUCAACCCCCGCGGCAACCUCUGGGCCACAGGUCACUUCAUGGGGAAGAAGAGCGUCACGGGGUCCCCGCACCUGGAGUCGCCGGAGGAGCCUGCAAUGCCGAUGGUCUUCGGUCCCUCCCUCCGAGCCUUGCUGGAGGACAUGAUGGAACUGCUGACCCGGGAGCUCCUGAAAAUCCUCUUGCAGGAAAGACUGUUGGAUGAGAACCAAGGGAAAUAUGACCUCACUGACCAGGAGACUGGGCUUUUAACAAAGGUGCUGGAGAAGUACUUUUCAAACUGAAGAGGUGCAGCUGGGGAGGAUGAGGUCUGCAAGGUCAGCUAUGCGUGGUGAACUGAGGAGAGCAUCGUCCUUGUGGGUUUCUAUAGCAACAUUUUAUUUAUUCCUUCUGUAAUAUUGUUAAUAGUGAUUGUGUGUAUGAAAAGUGGAGCCUCUCUGUGUAUGUUUUGUGUGUUCUUGAUGUCUGAUGUGCCCCUGUGAAUAAAGCUGGCUCUUUGCACAGA